AUGGGAUCUGAAUUGGGCGUUACCGCCCAAUCCAAGGAUGCCGCCACUCUCACUCCUGUCGCCAUCUGGUGGGUGGUUUGGGGAUGUGUAUGGACACUCUUUGUCUCCCUGGGUGUCGCCUACUUGAUUAAACACCGGGAAUCACCAACAGUUCGGAUUCGAGGCUUAGGUCUCACAUUACCCGCCGUUUUCUUUCUUCAUAUCUAUUUCUGGGCUGUUCAAUCGGGUGUUAUGAUAGGCAAUCUGAUGCCGGGCGACGCCAUGUACUGGAUGAUGGGUACCUGGUUACCUAUCGGAGUCUCUCUUUUCUACGCCUCCAACGGUCGUUUCAUUCAUAUCGCAAAGCUUCAGAAGAAAUACGCCUAUCCUUGCAACCGUCUUUCCGUUAAGGCUUCUCCAAAGCACAAGGAAAGCUUGCUUGCCCGUUUCCAACGUCUUGAUUAUUCUACCAGAAGUUUCAUCGUUGUCGGUAUUUCGAUGUUUGUUCAGAUUCUCCUUACUAUCUUGAUGUGGGUCAUCUCUCGCAGAUUCCAUAGCACCUGGGGUAUUCCGGGCACCGAGGUCCACGGCACCGCUAUGGAGCAGAAGUCAGCACAGGGCAAAGGAUGGGAAUGGUGGCCUGGUGUUGCGUCGCAGUUUUUCUGGUCUUGGAUCGUCGCUCCCUACGUUCUCUGGAAGGCUCGUGAUAUCAACGAUACUCAGGGCUGGCGAACUCAAACAAUCGCUUGUGCCAUCGCUGGUCUUCCCGGUACCCCAUUAUGGCUUUGCGGUAUUUACGUCGAUGCCUUCGCCCCCAUGGCUACAGUUUGGAUUCCCCCGCAGUGGAUUUGCCUUUCCAUCAUUGUCAUCGAAAUCUUCACCAUCUUCCUCCCCUGCUGGGAGGUUAUGCACCGUCAGUCCCUUCGCCAAGAGACUCUUGAAGCUAUCGCACAAUGGGAGGCACGGAACAAGACCGGCGGCGAAACCAAGUCCAUGGGCUCCGGUCCCACCAUCGUCGCAUCCAUCCUGUCAGGCUUCAGGUCCACCAAGGGCUCUAUCCAAUCCAACGCCUCCAACGAAAGUAUCCUAACAAUGGGUGCCCUCGAGUAUGUCCUUGACCGCAACCCGGGCCCUCUACAGGAGUUCUCUGCUCUCCGCGAAUUCUCCGGAGAGAACAUCGCCUUCCUUACCGCCGUUGCCGAAUGGAAGAGCUCGCUGCCCGUGGCUCUCCAGGACAAGACCGCUCCCCGCGACGAUAAGAUCCAGGAACUGAUGCGUGACCCUUUCAACCGCGCCUUGCAUCUCUACGCCGAGUUCAUCAGCCCCAGUCACGCCGAAUUCCCCGUGAACCUUAGCCACCAAGUCCUGAGGAAACCAGAGCAGAUCUUCGAGAAGCCUACUGCGCUCCUGUAUGGCGAGCGUGAGCACCCGGAGCCCGCCACCCCUUUCAGAGAGACAUUCAACCUGGAUUCGCCUGUCACACCCCUCAGCGGAGACUCGGAGAAGGGGCUCAACUCCUCGUCUCACGAGAUCAAAGACCUCGUGCAAUACUGGGGAGAGAUCCCUGCCGAAUUUGAUGCCUCGAUCUUCGAUGAAGCCGAGUCAAGCAUUAAAUACCUUGUUCUCACCAACACAUGGCCGAAGUUCAUUCGCAGCCACCGGGCUUCUAUCGCCUCAGGCUCGUCUACUACUCUGGACGGUGGUGAUAUUGUGGUUAGCCUCGGUGAUGAGCGCUCUACCUAA